CGCCGCUCACCAAUAAACGAAAUGUUGCCAACUUUUGACAGUUUGACAUUUUUAUAAAUAAACAUGGCCGCGACCAGUGUUCGUGGACUUUCUAGAAUAGUGGAAAAGCUGGAAAAAUCUGUGAAAGAUGGGGAUUACUACGAGGCGCAUCAAAUGUACAGAACGUUAUAUUUCAGGUUCCUUGGUCAGAAAAAGUAUCCCGAAUUGCUAGAUUUGCUCUAUAACGGUUCUAUUUUGUUCCUAGAAAGAGAUCAGCAAAUAUCAGGGGCUGAUUUGGGGGUGCUAUUAGUGGAAGUUCUAGUCAAAUCCGAAACGAAAGAGUUUAGUGUGUGGAUACCAAAACUAUGUAAAAUUUUUAACACAAUAACUCCCUCUUCUCUGCAAAGAGACCAAUUCCUAGCUAAUAUAGUACGUUGGUCCGCCAACGAGAAAUCACAAGGCCAUCCAUUGCUGCACCAGCACAUAGCUCAAAUUUUCUGGAACGAGAAAAACUACCACGAGGCCAGGCAUCAUUUCAUAUAUUCCAAAGACGGCAUGGGCUGCGCAAAGUUGCUAAUCGAAUUCCAAAGCGCGAACGGCUACAAAAACGAGGCCGACCUGUUCAUAGCGCAGGCGGUCUUGCAGUAUUUGUGUCUCAGCAACAAAAACACGGCCAAUCAGACCUUCUCCAGCUACACGCAGCAGCACCCCAGAAUCCGAAAGUCCGGGCCCCCCUACCUGCUGCCUCUUCUCAAUUUUAUUUGGUUUUUACUACAAGCCGUCGAAAGCCGAAAAUUGCAAACGUUCGCGGUGCUCUGCGAGAAAUACGAGCCGUCGAUAAAACGCGAUCCGUGCUAUGUGGGCUACCUGGACAAAAUAGGGCAGAUAUUUUUCGGUCUGAAUCCGCCCCAGCAGCAGCAGCAAAAAUCCGGCAUUUUCGGUAACUUUUUCGAAAGUUUCCUGACAGGUUUGGGCGAAGACAGCGACGAUGAAAACUCCGCCGCGGGCGCGUCCACCUCUGCGAGCAGCGGACGCAAAAAGAUGAUAGAAAACGCGGAUCUAGACUAAGCGAAAUAUUUAUACGGAAUAAUAAAAAAAUUGUCUUGGAUUUGUCUACAUGCAAGUGGAGUAAUGUUUUGGAAUCCAACAGAGAAAAAAAGUCCUAUUUGACAUUUUUUAAUGCCUUAAAUCAUCAUUCAAUGUUUGCUGUACUAAACUGAAAAACAUUAUUCCCACUUCUACUAAAAAUAAUUUACACUUACCUUCAAUUUUAUAUGGCAAGAAUUUAUUAUCCUACUUUGUAUAAUUUAAAUUAUUUAUUAUGUUGUUUUUUAUAGUUUUUAAUAUCAUAUUAUAUAAAAAAAAAUCAGAAGGAAUUA